AUGAAAUUUAAACCUCAUGUUGGUGUUUCUCCAAUCCUACCAUGGUCUCUCCCUCCGGUUCACUCCUUCAACCAGGUCCACUUUGCCUCAAACCCGACCCGCGAUGACGACCCAUUUCUUCUCCCUCCUCCACAAUCAACCUAUGGGGGUUUUCUCAACAGAAGAGGUCCUUCUCUGCAAUUUGCAUAUGAUGGUUCACCAUCGGACCAUCUUAGGAUCAUAUCAGACACACUUGGUCAGGUGGUUCAUCAUCAUGGCUCAGCGGCUCCGUUUGGGCUCCAAGCCGAGCUGGGGAAGAUGACUGCUCAAGAAAUCAUGGAUGCUAAGGCGUUGGCUGCUUCUAAGAGCCACAGUGAAGCUGAGAGGAGGAGGAGAGAGAGAAUCAACAACCACCUUGCUAAGCUCCGUAGCUUACUUCCAAGCACCACCAAAACAGACAAAGCUUCAUUGCUAGCAGAAGUGAUACAACAUGUGAAGGAGCUCAAACGCCAGACUUCUCUAAUAGCGGAGACGAGCCCGGUCCCAACUGAGGUCGAUGAGCUAAGUGUCGAUGCAUCGGACGAUGAAGAUGGCAAGUUUCUGAUCAGAGCUUCACUGUGUUGUGAAGACAGGUCUGAUCUCUUGCCUGAUCUCAUCAAAACCUUGAAAGCUCUCAGACUAAGAACACUGAAAGCUGAGAUCACGACACUUGGUGGACGAGUAAGGAAUGUCUUGUUCAUUACCGGCGAAGAAGACUCAGAUAGUGGCGACCAACAACAACAACAACAACAACAGUACUGUUUGAGUUCAAUUCAAGAAGCACUUAAAGCAGUAAUGGAGAAAACAAAUGGUGAUGAUUCUUCUUCAGGGAGUAUUAAGAGACAAAGAACCAAUAUGAAUAUCCUUGAACACAGGUCUCUUUAAAAUUUUAGUACGAUGACCUCACACUGCUUUUCCCUUCUUUUUGUGUGUGCUUUUUUUGGUGUGUUUUUUUGUGUAUUGGUUUUUUUUUUUUUUUUUAAAAAAAAAAAAAUUUCCAACCAA